UGAUUAAACUGUUAGAAUCUGACAGUCACAAGUCCAUAAAAUGUUUCAUGUUUUGUCUGGGUAUUUUACUUGUUGAUAUUAAAAAUAAAUUCAAUAAAAAGUAAGUGAAAAGUGAUAAUUAAAACGUUAAUAGGAUAUGAAACAGUGGUACAAUUAAAUAUCCGAAGCCAGAACAGUUUUUUCCCGUUUUCGGGCAAUCGACCAGGUAAGCCAUUGCUUGGUGAAACGUGCACUCUACGUUACAUAUUUGAGAAGUUGUCACUUUUAAAAUUGAAAAGACGGGAGCGCAGAAUGGAGGACGAGGUGACGUUCCUCUUUCAGCUGGGUGUGCAGCGGGACGCGGUUUCGGCGCCUGCGCAUCAACUAACGCUCGCACACCUUAAAGAGCUCGCAGUCAAGUUUGUACACGAUAAGAUCCCAGACAACGGACUCAAUCGGCUCUCAGAUCGCAUUCUACUGUUCCGCCACGACUACUGUUCGCCCAACGUGUUGCAGCUCGUCAAUUCCGCUACCGAUGUCACGGACGAGACCCUGAUCGAGAUCGUUCUCACGGCAAACCCUACCAUAUGCGACGGCGGUACGGAGCAGCCGGUGUCGCGGCCCCACGCGUUGGCCGUACAUUCGUACAAGGCGCCGACGUUCUGCGACUUUUGUGGGGAGAUGCUGUUUGGCUUGGUGCGACAGGGGCUAAAAUGUGAAGGGUGCGGUCAAAACUACCACAAGCGAUGCGCUGUGAAAGUACCGUCAAAUUGCAAGUCGCCCGUCGCAGGCGCAAGCGCCGCGGGUACUUCUCGUCGUCAGUCGGGAGCGCCGCGCAGUCCGUCACGGACGUCCGCGCACAGCCACACGUCGCAAGACGACUCCCUGGUGGGCAGCGCGAGCAAGCGAUCGACAAACACGUGGCCGUCGAGUUCGCUGGGCAUCCCUCACACUUUCCAAGUGCACUCUUACACUAGACCGACCGUCUGUCGUCUCUGCAAGAAGCUGUUGCGCGGCCUCUUCAAGCAAGGCCUGCAGUGCAGGGAUUGUCACUACAACGCCCACAGGAAAUGUCUGCCGUUCGUGCCCAAGGACUGCGGCGGAGAAAUACGGGAUUUACAAGGGGAGUUCCAAGACAGUUGCAGCACGAGCAGUGAAGUGUCGGACGGGACACGAGCGCAACUCGACGACGAGUCUGACGAUGGAGAUGAGCCCGUUCAACUACGCAACAGUGGAACGGAGCCCGAAGAAGAACCGCAGCGCGAUACGUCUCCGAGUCGACCUAGCAGUUCCUCGUCGUCACCGAGUGCCAACAUCCCUCUGAUGCGAAUAGUGCAGUCUGUGAAGCACACCAAGAAGAGAGAGGGCCAGUGGCUGAAGCAGGGCUGGCUGGUGCAUUUCACGAAUAAGGACGCCACCGUCCGGCGGCACUACUGGCGCAUGGACAGCAAGUGCAUCACGCUGUUCUCUUCCGAGAACGGAACCAAGUACUUCAAGGAGAUUCCUCUGCAGGACAUUCUCGCCAUCCAAACUGCCAGGCACCCGCGCUCCGAGGUGAUGCACUGCUUCGAGCUCCGGACCGCCAACGUGGACUACCUGGUGGGAGCGGAGGAGGCCGGCUGCUCCGCGCCCGAGUCGGGGCUGGGGGACUAUCUCGCCCGCUCCUGGGAGACCGCCAUACGCCACGCCCUGCUGCCGCUCAAUUUGCACGUUUCACGGACCGGUGAGGCUUCGUCGGUUGCGCCCCUCCGACGUUUCGAGAGCGCUCGGCGGUCUCGAUAUCUGAAUUGUUCCUCAGGCGAAGCUCAAAGCGGCGGAAGCUCUCAGCGCGGAGGGGGUCGCCUGGAAAUGUCGCAGCUUUACCAGAUCCACCCCGACGAGGUGCUGGGUUCGGGGCAAUUCGGAAUCGUCUACGCCGGUCUACACCGCGAUACGGGCAGACCCGUCGCCAUCAAGGUGAUCGACAAACUCCGCUUCCCGACCAAACAGGAGGCCCAGUUGAAGAACGAAGUGGCCAUCCUGCAGAACCUGUCCCAUCCGGGCGUCGUCAACCUGGAGAGGAUGUUCGAAACCCCGGAACGCAUCUUCGUGGUGAUGGAGCGGUUGAAGGGAGAUAUGUUGGAGAUGAUUCUGUCCCACGAGCGCGCUCGGUUGCCGGAGAGGAUCACCAAGUUUAUCGUGGCACAGAUCCUGGUGGCGCUCAAGCACCUGCACGAGAAGAACAUAGUCCACUGCGACCUGAAGCCCGAGAACGUGCUGCUGUCUUCGGACGAGGAGUUCCCGCAGGUGAAGCUCUGCGACUUCGGCUUCGCCCGCAUCAUCGGAGAGAAGUGCUUCCGCCGGUCCGUGGUCGGCACUCCGGCCUACCUCGCCCCCGAAGUGCUGCGCAACGCGGGCUACAACCGCUCGCUGGACAUGUGGUCGGUGGGCGUCAUCGUCUACGUGUCGCUCUCCGGCACCUUCCCCUUCAACGAGGACGAAGACAUCAACGAGCAGAUCCAGAACGCGGCCUUCAUGUACCCGCCCACACCCUGGAGGGAGAUCUCCCCGGAAGCCGUCGAUCUGAUCAACAACCUGCUGCAAGUGAAGCAGCGCAAGCGCCUGUCCGUGGACAAGUGCGCGGCCCACGCCUGGCUGCAGACCUCCGAGGCCUGGUACGACCUCAGGAACCUCGAGCGCAGGGUCGGAGCGCGCUACCUGACGCACCCCAGCGACGACCAACGCUACCAGGCGCAGUGACCAGAGCCCGAGCUCCCCCCGGAGGAGAUGGGCUGCGUCACCGUCCGCCUCUACUGGAGGAAACUGCUCGUCAGGGCUAAGUGAACCUCGCCCACUCCGUUUCGAUCGACGCACUCGACGAGGUCGCAGGUUGACAUCUCGUUUAAAAAAUAGCCAUUUCAUGAAUAUUUAACGGAGGCUUUUGGAGACAA